ACAACCAACUUAUUGGAACAGGUAAAAUUGUCCAAGCUGCUAUUUAUGGGCAUAACGGUUCUUUGUGGGCAACUUCACCCGGCUUCUCCUUAAGCCCAGAAGAAAUUACUACUCUUGUUGAGGCUUUUAAUAAUGCCGAAAAAAUUCAAGCUAAUGGUUUAUAUGUCAAUGGUAUUAAAUAUUUCGCUCUCUCUCAUGAUGAUACAAACGUUCAUGGUAAAAAGGGAGGUGAUGGCGUGGUUGCUUUUAAAACAACACAAGCUGUAAUUAUCGGUGUUUAUAAGGAAGGUACGGCAGCCGGUGCAGCCAACAAAGUUGUGGGAGACUUGGGGGAUUAUUUGAGGGGUCUAAACUAUUAA